GCACGACGUGGUAUAUUCCAAGAUGGCGGCCUCCAUGCUGUGUCGGCGUGUGUUGGUUUCCAAGUCCCGGUUAUCCUCGCUCGGCAGCUUAGUGACAGGAAAAAGAAGUAUAUUAUCUGCUUCAUAUAUCAGUGACAAGCAAUGGGAAAAAUGGGAAAAGGAGCCUCAUAACUUAGCUGAACUGUCAUCGCUCAUGGACAGGACAUAUGAGAAAAAGCUCCCAGUUAGUUCUCUGACGAUAGCUCGGUUUGUAGACAAUAUUUCAUGCAGAGAAGAAGUAGACCAAGCUGAAUACUAUCUCUACAAGUUCCGACACAGUCCAAACUGCUUUUAUUUGAGAAACUGGACUAUACAUUGCUGGAUUCGCCAGUGUCUGAAAUAUGGAGCCCCAGAGAAAGCGCUUUAUACUUUGCAGAAUAAGGUUCAAUAUGGAAUUUUCCCUGAUGAUUUCACAUUCAACUUAUUACUGGAUACCUUUAUUAAGACUGAGAAUUACCAAGAUGCUGUAUCUGUUGUGACUGAGAUAAUGUUGCAAGAGAGCUUUGAGAAAGUUUCCACACAGCUGUUGUCCCUUUAUGCCUUACACAGAUAUCUUUCUGGGAAACCAGAUCUCAAGUGGGAUCAAGAAAGAAAUAUUGGUGCAUCGCUGUUACUGGCCGGAUUAAAACAGGAAAACACAGUGGGAUAUAGCUCCCAAUUGUAUGGCUAUUCUCUCCUUGGUAAAGUAGAAGUUUGUAAUGGCUUAAGAGCUGUGUAUAAUCAGAUGCCACUAAUAUGGACCCCAGGGUAUUAUAGCAGAGCCCUUAAUGUAAUGGAGAAGGUAUCUGCACUGCCAGAAGACAUAAAGAUCUGCAAGGAAAGUAUUGACAUUCUUAAAGAAUCCUUAGACUUUGCAAUUGCCCAACAUUUGGAGAAAAAGUCUAAAGCAUCAGGAGAGGAGCCUAUGGAGCCAGAGGAUCCAGAGAAGACAGAGGCAGACGUCCUGCCAGAAUACCUGCAUAGAUUCCAGGAGCUGAGUGCAAAGCUGGACUCUCUGAGUAAAAUUGCAACUGAUGGCCUUCAGAACCUGACCACAAAACUUGUCCAAGAGAUUCUUCCAGACUGUGAGAAGAGUGAUGUUGAAAGAUAUGAAAAGCAACUCAGAGAAUGGCAAGAGGAGCGAGUGCAGCUGACUGCCAGGGAGAAAGAGAUGAGAGAAAAGGCAAAAGAAGAAUUUGAGGCCAGGCAAGCUGCUACUUCGGCUACUGCUGUAUGAUACUAUAUGGGAACUGGGUUCUCCUUUGAGAUGUAGAGAAAAUCCUUCUUAAAUAGCCCUAAGAAGAUGUCUGGUCACAAAUGUACCCUUAUUAAAUGUUGUCAGAUUUAGAGCAUAACAUUUGUCAAGCUGCCCUUGUUAGGUGGUGUUUGGCUAAUUGCAGCAUGUAGCACUGCUGAUACUGUGGCUCUGUAUAUAUCUGAUACUUUGCACAGGUUAUUUGCAGGUUGUCUAUAGAGAAUUCCUCAGCCAAGGAAGACAGUAUGGUACCUCCCAUUCAGUAGUGUAAAUGCUAACAUGCAGAGAAGUGUUCUGUACCCAGAAUAAUCUACUCUAUAAACCCAUAAUUUGCUGUCUGUUUAAGGGAGAAUACAUGAUAAUAUAGUGUACAAAUAUAUUACAUGUUUCCUUCAUGUUCAAUAUGAGGCAGUGCCUUGCCUAAAUACAUUCAUCUGUAGUUUCCCUUUAAUAUCUUCCUCUGGCUGCUAAUUUAUUUGUAUUUUCAUUAUUUUUUUCAUUUUCAUCUUUAUACAUUUUGUAUGAUUUGAUCAUUCAGCUGAAAUAUCUAGGUCUACAAGACAAAAUUGGUGUUUUAUAUGAGAUUAAUGACUUGUCCCCACUGGGAAAUGAUCUGUGCUGUCUGAAAUGCUAAUGGAUUGUAAUUCCGUUUUUUUCUUCGUUUUUUUUAAAGGAUUAAAGCAUUUACAACAUA